AUGGCUAAUCUAUGCCUCAGACUCCGGGGAGCGCAGCACGCGGCGUUGUCGACAUCUGAGUCGCCGAUCCCAAGGGAAAAUGACGGCGGUGAAGGCGGCCGGAGAGGGCCUGGUGUAAAUUUUGGGUAUGAAAACGACUUCUCCUCCCACUUUCAGUUGAAAAAGAAGAAACUGGGUCGAGGUGCUUUCGGUUAUACCUACAAGGCAAUAGGUUUAAGAGGAGAGCUCAAGAACCAAUUUGUGGAUGUCAACAUCAUUCCCAAAACCAAGAUAAUUACUCCCUUUGACUUUAAAUAUGUUCAAAGAGAGGUGAACAUUUUGGGGGGCUUAAGUGCACAUCAGAACCAGAUCCAGUUUCACAAGGCAUUUGAGGAUGAAGAAUAUGUGUUCAUAGUGAUGGAAUACUGUAAAGGAGGUGGACUAUGGGAGAGCAUUCAUUCAAGAGGUGGAAGAUACAAGGAAGAAGAUGCUAAGAGAGUUAUAGUGCAGAUAUUGAAUUUUGCUGCACAUAUCCAUCUCCAAGGGGUUGUGCACCGUGACUUGAAACCUGAGAACAUUUUGUUCGCUAAAGAAAGUGAGGAUGCUACAGUGAAGGUCAUUGGCUUCGGCCUAUCAGACUAUAUACAACCAGGCAAGCGUCUGAAUGCUUAUGCUGGCACUUCACCUUAUAUUGCACCUGAAGUACUUGACGAGUCAUAUGGUGUUAGUGCAGAUAUGUGGAGUAUUGGUGUCAUAACUUUUAUUCUAUUGUCUGGUACCUUCCCUUUUGGGGGACACUCAAUUUUCGAUUCCAUAUUACAUUCGGAACCGAAUUUUCAAGGUGAAGCUUGGAGUACUAUAUCCAACAAGGGCAAGGAUUUUGUGCUAAAACUUCUGAUUAAAGAUCACAGGAGAAGAAUGACUGCAGCUGAAGCUCUCAGUGAUCCAUGGCUAAGAUCACAAAAACCUGAUAUCCCGUUGGAUAUAAGUAUCUAUAAAUUAUUGAACUCAUACAUGCUGAACAAACCAUUAAGGCGUGCAACAAUACGGGCUCUUUCAAUGGCAUUAAUACCCACCAGACGACAGCUUACAUACCUAAAUGCCCAGUUUCAGCUUUUGAAGCCAACAAAUGGUUAUGUUUCCAUUGAUAACUUCGGAAUGGCACUCAUGAAAUAUAUGAGCGACGCAAUGUGGAAGGCUAAAGUCUUAGACAUCAUACACCAGAUGCCAAAGGAAGAAAUAAUAAUGGAUUUUGAAGAAUUCUGUGCUGCUGCAAUCAGUCCACUGCUGCUAAAGGCUAUUGGAAACCAAGAUUACAUUGUGACAGAAGCCUAUAAGCAUCAUUUUGAACAAUGGAAUCGUGUGAUUACUGUUGAGGAUAUCUCAGAGGAACAGAAUCUGGAAACAUCGGUUUGGAAGUGGGUGAGAAGUGAUGGGAAGCUAUCCCUUUUUGGUUAUAAAAAAAUUCUGCAGAACACCUCUCCAUAUUUGCUGUGAAGAAAUCUUUCUAAUUCUAAUAUGAUUGAUUAGUGCAUUCUAUUUAUUUUUUAAACUAUUGUUCGCCCUGAUUUUUUCGGGUGCUGGUAUGUGUAAAUGAUAAAAGAAUAAGACAAUAUUUUAUAGUUUUCAAGGCCCUAAUUUUUUGGUGCUUGACUUGUAUGUGUAAAAGACGACAAUAUUGUAUAUUUUUCAAGGUCCUAA